AUGAAUAUGUCGCUCCCAGACCGGAGGAAAAACAUAAGAGCUCUGGUGAUGGAGACUGGCAUACGAGUUCUGCUUUUUGGAGUUUUUUUAUUCACAGAAUUCCUGGAGCCCUUUGAGAGAGUAAUCCAACCAGAGGAGCUAUGGCUCUACAAAAACCCCUUGGUGGAGUCAGACCACAUCCCUAAGAGGGUCAUGUUCGCAAUUUCAUUUCUCACUCCUUUGGCUGUGAUAUUCGUGGUGAAGAUCAUUCGGCGGACAGAUAAGACAGAAAUCAAGGAAGCGUGUCUAGCUGUCUCACUGGCUCUAGCCUUGAAUGGAGUCUUCACAAACACUAUCAAGUUGAUCGUUGGCAGACCCAGGCCAGACUACUUCCAGCGUUGUUUCCCAGAUGGACAGGUGAAUGUUAAGAUGCUGUGCACCGGAGAACCAUACCUGGUGUCAGAAGGACGCAAGAGUUUCCCAAGCAGCCACUCUUCUUUUGCAUUCUCUGGCUUGGGCUUCACCUCCUUCUACCUGGCUGGGAAGCUGCAUUGCUUCACGGACCAGGGCCGCGGGCGCAGCUGGCGUCUGUGUGCCAUGUUGCUGCCCCUCUACAGUGCUGUGAUGAUUGCCCUGUCCCGCACCUGCGACUACAAACACCACUGGCAAGAUGCCUUUGUUGGAGGGGUGAUCGGCCUGCUCUUUGCCUACAUCUGCUACCGGCAGCACUACCCCCCGUUCCUGCACAUGGACUGCCAUCUACCUUACGCCAGUCUGGCCAAAAACCCCCACCUUGUCUCUGCCCAUGGCGAUCCCCUGGUCCUGCCCACCGAGAACACCACCAGCAUGCCUCUGAAGGGGCUGACAGUGGGGCCUGUAUGA